GAGGGGGAAACAAUUCGUGAUCCUUUUCACAAAAAACCUUGCAAGCGCAAAGAAAUCUAUAUAUGUCACAGCUGAAAACGAUUUUGAAUUGAAUAUUACAACUUCUGAGCACCUUGACCCAUCUUUGAAAAUGUUGAUUGAUCGCUCUACUAAUGCAAGUUCUCCGCAUCAAAUCUCUCUACCGAACGCAAUUGAGUUGAUUCAAAACAGUGUGGAACAAAAGGCUAUUUUGCUCGAAACGUCUCGCGAUAUUUCGGUAUUUAUUGAGGAUUUUGCGCAGAAUAGUGCCGAUUCUGCCGCCAUUAUUCCAGUCCACAAACUUGGGACUUAUCAUAUUGUCGUAACAAUGCCACCAGAUUCGCGUCAAAGUCAAAUUGCAGUUGCAUCGUUGGAAGACAACACAGAAAUAACGAUUCUUUUCAAAAUGGCAGUAGAUAUUCCCUUUAACAUUGAGGGAAAUACUUUUAGAAAUGGUGAUGUUUUUAAUUUGCGGUUGGACAAGUUCGAAACCUUUCAGAUUGCUCAUACUACAGACCUGACUGGAACGCUACUAAACUCUUCUACACCCGUGGCUGUAUUUUCUGGAGACGAGUGCACAAAGUUUAUGUCACGCGGGGCAUGCGAUCAUCUUGUAGAGCAAGUGCCUCCAUUUUUGACUCUUGAUAAUGUAUUCAUUUUGCCUUCCCAUGCCGAAGAUCGAAUAACAGUUGUCCGGAUUACAGCUGGAAAGGACACAAAUCUAACUUAUAAAAUAAAUUCCACAACUUCAGGCGGCUUAACUUUGCAUACAGGAAAUUCGCAAGAAAUAUCAAUUUAUACUAAUCAGACUUGUUUAAUUGAAUCUGAGGGCCCUGUUCUUGUAACCAGUGUAAGUGUCGCUUCAGCAACCACAAAUAAUGGAGACCCAUACAUGACAAUUGUUCCAGGUAUUCAUCAGUACAUUGAUUACUACAAGGUACCUAUCCCAUACGGCUACUCUACCAAUUACAUAUCCAUUACAAUAAAUUCUGGCGCUGUGUCCGGAAUACUAACAAAUGGAACGUCAAUUUUGCAAUCAAAUAAAGUUUAUGAAAGUUCAAUAACUGCAGCAAGUGGUAACUUCACGGUUUUAACAUUGAGUGUAACGCCAGGUGAACUUACGAUACAAUCAUCAAAUCAUACACCUUUCGGACUUCUUAUCUAUGGACAUGGUGAAUAUGUUGGAUAUGGUUUUUCAGGAAACACGCUUCUUCAAGAUGAUUUAUGAUUAC